AUGUGCAUAUCCACUGCAGCAUCAGGAAUUUCUGGAACUGGUGCUUUCCUUUCAAAAGCAGCCUUAAAAAUUGGCCUUGCCAAGCUGAAAGAGGCUAUGGCACAAAGCAGUCUUGAAGAGCUGGUAGUUGAGCCUCGUCAAGAAUUAGUUGCCUUAGAAAAGGCCAAGCUUGACAUUGCAAUCACAGGGGUGUCAGGUGCUGGUAAAUCAUCCCUUGUCAAUGCCCUGCGAGGAAUGACAGAUUAUGAAGAAGGUUCAGCCAGGAUAGGAGUAACGCAAACAACGAUGGAUAUCCACGGGUAUCCUCAUCCCUUAUUUCCAAAUGUAACUUUAUGGGAUCUACCAGGAUUCGAGACACUUGAAUUUAAACCACAAGAUUAUCUGAAGAAGGUCAAUUUUAGUCAAUAUGAUUUCUUCAUCAUUGUUGCCUCGGAACGAUUCAGCGAAAACGACGUCCUCCUGGCCCAAGAAAUUAAGAAAAUGCAGAAGAAGUAUUAUUAUGUGUAUUCCAAGAUGGAUCUGUAUAUGGAUUCUGAGAGAAGGAAACCCAACUUCAAUGAAAACCAGGUCAUUGAGAAAAUAAAGACCUAUUGCUGUGAGAUUUUGAGAACGGCAGAUGAGCUUUCCCCAAGGGUUUUCCUCAUGUCCAGGAUGCAUUUGAAUAAAUAUGAUUUCCCUCUCUUGCAAGAGACUUUGGAAACGGAACUAGAUGGUCUCAAGAGACACGCUUUAAUCCUGGCUUUGCCAGUUUUCUCGAGAGAAAUCUUGGAAAAGAAAACCACUGCUAUGGAAACCCUUAUAUGGAAAGUUGCUAUUGUGUCCUGUUUUUGGGGGGCAAUUCCAGGACUCUCUUUGUUCUGUGAACUUGGCAUCUUAGUGAGAACACUGCUCCAUUUCCACAAAGUCUUUGGCUUGGAUGAAGAGUCCCUCCGCAGAGCUGCAAAACAGGUCAGCAGAGAUUACCAGGUGUUGAAAUCUGCUGUCAAAAAGUCUCCCAGGUCCAGUGAGAUCACUCCAGAAUUAGUAAUUGGUCUCUUGAACAAGUCAGUGUUCUGUGGGACCCUUAUAGUCUUUGGACUUGUCUUUGAUUUUGGACCAGUGUUGGGGUUGCUGGCUGGGUCUCUGGUUGGAGGAGUGAGCUCCUUUGUCACCACACUCUACAUGGUGAAGAGCUUUCUUAAAGACGUUGUGGAAGAUGCUGAGAGUGUCCGGGCAAAAGCUGCUGAGCCUUAAGCCUUCCCAAACCAGCCAUUAAAGAUCCAAGGAGGUAAAUCCAAGGAACAGAUUUGUAAAUAAACAUACAAAACCAAAACUCAGCAAGAGAAAAAAAACAAGCAUUUCUGUUGGGAUUUUCCCCCUUU